AUGAAUAAUAUAAUUAAAGUAGAAAUUCGAUUGAUGUUUCUUCAAAUUGGUCCUAUUGAAACUCAAUUUGAAAGAUAUACUGCUGAUAUUGCAAUUGAAGCUCGAUGGUUAGCUACUCCAAAUUUUCUAUCAUCGAUUAAUGAACAUGAUCGAUAUAUAUUAUCAUGUGGUCAUGCAGUUCGUUUACUUAACUAUAGAGACGAUGAAAAUAAUUGGUAUCCACAACUUAUAAUUAUGAAUACAAGUGUUGAUCCAGAUAAUCAACAUAUUCGAUAUAGUUUACGAAAAGAUCGAAUAAAUGGUUUAUAUUAUAUGCGUGAACAUCGUUUAGUAAAAGGUUUCUUUUAUUCACCAUUUAAUUUUCAUCAUUUUCCACAUGAUAUUCAAGAAUUAAGGAUUUCAUUUGGUUCAUCAGAAUCUGGAACAAAAAUAAAAUUAGAAGCUGCUUCUGAUAUAGCAUCUGGUAUUAAUACACAAGCAUUUAUUUCUUUACAUGAAUGGAUUUUAUAUGAACAUGUUGAAUCAUGUAUACGAAAAGUAAAAGGAUUUUCAUUUCAAACAGAUGAAGAUGGUGAAUUAGAUGUGCCUGGACAUGAAAAAGAAAGAUCUAUAUUAACAAUAUCUUGUCAUGUAGCUCGUCGAUCUAAAUAUAUGUUUUGGAAUGGAUAUUGGAUUAGUUUUAUAAUGACUAUAAUAGGUUUUGCUGCAUUUUCUAUCACAGCUGAUAAUACAAAUCAACGUCUAAGUGUUGCCUUUACACUUAUAUUAACUCAUAUUGCUUUUCGUUGGACUAUAUGUGUUUCUCAUUUAACACCUCCAAUUGCAUAUCUAACAGCCUUAGAUAAAUAUAGUAUAGGAUCGAUGUUUUUUGUUAUACUUCUCGGUGCUUGGCAUGCUAUUAUUGGUUCUCUUCUUUUCACUUAUAACUGGCAAUCAACACCUGAUCCCUCCAAUUAUUGGUUAUGGAUUGAUCGUUAUAUAUUAUUUACAUUUGCUGGAAUUUAUAUUAUUGCUCAUAUCAUUCUAAUAAUUUGGUUUCUUAUCGUUCCAUUUGGACUUCGACGAAAGAUGCAGCUGAAAGAUACGAUUUAUCGUGAAUCAUUACCACAAUGUUCAACAAUAACAUAUUCGUCGUAA